UUUAUUUUGAAAUAACGGACGAUUAUUGUUGUAACGUUCAUUGUCAGGACAGCCAGAGCGCACCGAAAAGCUCUGUAUCGGUUUAAGAGGAGCUUUGAUUUUAAUAGUUUCUUUUUAAAUGAGUGAUAAAAGCGACAGUAAUAAUGACAAAAGCAGAAAUCGCAGUGUGGUGUAUGUUUACAGUCCGGAAUAUAUCCAGACAUGUGACUCACUGUCUAAAGUGCCAAACCGGGCGAGUAUGGUGCAUUCACUGAUUGAGGCGUAUGACUUAUUGAAAUACAUGAGAGUGGUUAAGCCACAUGUGGCCUCAAUAGAGGAGAUGUCUGUGUUUCACACAGACUCUUACUUACAGCACCUGCACAAGAUCAGCCAGGAUGGGGACAAUGAUGACCCUCAGUCUGCUGACUUUGGACUGGGCUAUGACUGUCCGGUGGUGGAAGGCAUUUUUGAUUACGCAGCUGCCGUUGGAGGAGCCACUCUGACUGCUGCCCAGAAUCUGCUGGAUGGAAAGUGUGAUGUGGCCAUCAACUGGGCCGGAGGGUGGCAUCACGCCAAGAAGGAUGAAGCAUCUGGGUUCUGUUAUGUGAAUGACGCUGUUCUUGGAAUCCUCAAAUUGCGGGAGAAGUAUGAGAGAGUUCUCUAUGUGGAUGUGGACCUUCACCAUGGAGAUGGUGUGGAGGAUGCUUUCAGCUUCACCUCUAAAGUCAUGACAGUGUCUCUGCACAAGUUCUCCCCUGGCUUCUUUCCAGGCACAGGUGAUGUGACUGACACUGGGCUGGGUAAAGGACGCUGGUACGCUGUUAACGUCCCCUUUGAGGAUGGCAUACGUGAUGAUCGGUACUGCCAGAUCUUCACCAGUGUGAUGCAGGAAGUAAAAGCUCUAUUUAACCCUGAAGCAGUUGUGAUGCAACUAGGAGCGGACACAAUGGCAGGAGACCCCAUGUGCUCCUUCAAUAUGACUCCUGUUGGAGUUGGAAAGUGUCUAAACUAUAUACUGGGCUGGGAGUUACCCACUCUGCUACUAGGAGGAGGCGGUUAUAACCUUGCCAAUACUGCCCGCUGCUGGACCUAUCUAACGGGGACCGUCCUAGGACAGACUCUGUCUUCUGAGAUCCCAGACCAUGAGUACUUCACUGAAUACGGCCCAGAUUAUUCCCUGGAGAUCAGCCCGAGCUGCCGAACCGACCGCAACGAGAGCCAGCAUCUGGAGCGGGUCAUCAACACCAUCAAAGGGAAUCUGAAGAAUGUAGUUUAGGAGUGGGCUCCCAGCUCAUGUUUCCAAAUCAGGCCCUGCUCCUCUAAUGAAGACAGUAUGUCGGAGCCAUCGCCAGAAGGGAGCUUGGAAAACAUUACUUGAAUGUUUCCAGGGAACAUUUUUUUAAAUGCAGAGAUGGGCCAGUGUUGCUGCAUUUGAACGGUUUGAGUCAAUGUUGGAUCUGGGGCAAAUGUAUAAAGGGUGUUUUUUUUUUUUUUUUAAAUGUCCUCCCCUUUGUUUUUAAACUAUGUGGGAUCAUUUGUAAAUGAGAAAUAAUAAAAAGCUAAUUUUUUUCCGGAUGAUUGUGUCUUGUCAAAGAUGCAUCCCAAAACCAUGUCUAACCAUGGUUCAGACGGAAUGGACAUGGCAGGUCUGGCUACAUCCCACUUAAUGAAACCAUUCUGAACUUAACUGCAACAUCUUGUCCAGUUAUGGAUUGGAUAAGUGAAAUUUAAUGGGCAUACUUACCAAUUUCCAAGUCAUGUUGGCUUCAUUCAUUAACUGUUUUAUGUUGCCUAUGGCAUGCUUUUUUCCACAAUGUUUAUUUUCUUGUGUUUGAGUCAAAAAUUGAAAAUGUUUCAAGCUGUCUGUCAACUUGUUUUUAUAAAUGCUUUUCAGUUAUAUAUUAAAAUACAAAAAAAGUAA